AUGCCCUCUGACCACAAGGAGGAGUAUACACAAGAAGAACUCAUCUGGAGUCCUGUUUCCAGGAUAUCUAUGGCAUCCUGUGUGGAUUUGAUUGCAGCAAAGCCCCAUGGAAUCUUGCACAUCCUGGAUGAUCAGACUUUGCUGCCACAGGCCACAGACCACACCUUUCUGCAGAAGUGCCAUUAUCAUCAUGCCAAUAGUCCUUGGUAUGCCAAGCCCAAGUUGCCUCUGCCUGUCUUCACUGUACAACAUUAUGCAGGACCAGUUACCUACCAGGUGCACAAGUUUCUGAAUAAAAACCAUGACCAACUACGACCAGAAGUCCUGGAGAUCUUCUCCCAGAGCCACCUAAAGCUGGUAUGCAGCAUUUCCCAGAGAGUCAAGGAACUGCAGGUCAGUCAGAGGAAGCCAGGACAUAGAGGCCAAGGGCCGAAGCAUCGUUCUUCCACACUAGUAUCCAGAUUCCAGCAGUCCUUGCAAGAUCUCACAGCUAAGCUGAACAGGAGCCACGUUUUCUUUGUUCGGUGCAUCAAGCCCAAUUCCAAAAAGGAUGUUCAACUGCUGGAAAUCCCUGCUGAGCUUGCAGCCCUUCUCCGCUUGGCUGAUGGUCAACACCACGGCCAGAUCAAUCAAGUUUCCCCACCAGAGGUCAAAGCAAAGGUUGAUCUCUCUCUGCCACCCAACAUCAACACCUUUUCCUUCUCUACCUUUAUGAAAUCUCAUUUCCAGGAAGCAAGUUUCCCUGCCCUUGGACAGCCUCUGCAUCAGCCCUUGACCCGACUGGAUGCUGAGCACAAGCAAAAUGCUCUGCAGCUCAACAAGCUGAUCCUGCGAUUCAUAAAUGAGAAGGACCUGCAAAGCUGGCAGGAAGAGCUCCUGGGGAACUAUAUAGUGCGCCGAGGGUUGGCCAGCCCCUCCCUGCGCAAUGAGCUGUUCAGCCAGGUGGCCAGUCAGGUGUGGAAGAACCCCAACCUGGAGCAAUGCCAACGAGGCUGGGCACUGAUGGCUGCUCUCCUGGGCACCUUCACCCCUUCGCCAACUCUGGAGAAGCCCCUGCUGAAGUUUGUGUCAGACUGUGGUCUAGACGGCUGUAACGCUGUAUGCCAGCGCAAGCUCCUGACCGCCAUGAAGCAGAUGGAAGAUGAUCCAGAGGUGUCCCGUGCUUUUCCUCCCACUCAGCUGGAAUGGACCGCCAACCAGAGGAAAGGCACAAUGGUGCUGGAUGUUUACACAUAUGAAGAAGAGAAGCUUUCAGCUCAGGUGGAGUCCUGGACAACAGGAGAGCAAUAUGCAGGCUGGAUUUUGAGUUCAAGGGGCCUGGAUAAGAUCCCUCGUGGCUGGUCUGUAUCCAUGUUUACAGGCAAGACGUGGCAGGAUUUACCAGGCUGUGACUUUGUGCUGGAUCUCAUUGGAAAAAUGGAGGAAGGCAGCAGGCCCUCUGGGGCCUCCCCUAACUAUCCCAUAACGCCGGAGAGGGAUGAAAGCUACUCUCGGCAGCACUCUCCAGAUGUGAUGCUUUUGAACAUCCCUCCUGCACCAGGCGUUCAGGCACCGUCGUUGCCUCCAGAUUUUGACAAAGAAAGUGGUGCCUACCCAGGCUAUUCAGGAAUGAUGCAUGUGCCCACUUACCAGCCAAUGCCAACUAUGGGAGGAAUGAUGCCUGCAACCAUGCCAAUGGUGCCAGGGCUAGGCGGAAUGGGAUCAAUGCCAGCUAUGGUUGUGCCCCAGCCCAUGUUGCCAUCAGUGGAUCCCAGCCAGUUAGCAGCAGCACAGCAACAAGCCUUUAUCAACCAGCAGGCCUUGCUCAUGGCUCAGCAGAUGACUCUUCAAGCAGUGACAAUUUCGCAGCAACAACAAGAGCAGGAACGCCAGCGAAAAGGGAGGUCUCCUGAGUCUUCAAGACCAAGCAACAAAGAUGUGUUGAUGCCAGAUGUAACAGAAUCUCUCCGGCAGCUACCAGCAUCGAUCCACGUCUCCCAGGAAAAGCCGCGUGCAGAGAUAAGACAAGAUUCCAUCUCUCGUGGGACUUUCCAGAAGAAAAUUGAGUACUUCCAGAGAAUGGGACAGGACGAAAGCCCUGAGGAGAAAGAGCCUUCAAAGAGGCGGAGCCCUCCAAGGAAAAAGAACUCCGAGGAUCAAGAGGGGUCUCCUGAACGAAAUGCAGGCCCUCCUCCUCCUCCCACACAGGAAGACAAUGAGCAAGAAAUGAAAGUAAACAAGGCCCUUCCUCCUAGGGUGAAGCAUGCGGAACUGACACCAAAAUCUGAACCCAGCAAGGAGAUACGGGAAAUCAUUAAAACACACAAGACCCGGCCAGUCCCCCCACCAAAACCUAUCAUGCCUACCAGACCUGUCACAAACCGUUUCGUGAAGAAGAAUGACCCAAAGGAGGAAGCUCUGACAAAGCUAGGGAUUGUGGGAUUGAGUCCUUCAGAGCCAUCCUCUGAAUCGCUAGAGAGCAGCCCCCAAGCAACUCCUCUUCCUCCUCCUCCUCCACCACCUGUCAAGCCGUCCAGCACCAUCAAAGAAAAACAGCUGCCCCUCAUGAACCUUUUUGCUCAUGGCCCCACCUCUCCCCCUGCCUCAGGAGUUCCGCUUCCUCAUCUUGCCCCUAGGACGCCCCCACCAGCACCUUCCCUUUCUUCAGACAGCGCAGCUAGCUUGAAUCGGUCAGAUUUGACAGCAAUGGAAGAAAAUGCCAGUUCCAAAACCCAACUCUUCCAUCUUGCAAUUAGAGUCUGCUUCUCCUAUGCCAACCCUACCUGGAAACUGUUCCUGCGUAAAGAAGUUUUUUACCCCAAGGAAAACUUCAGUCACCCUUAUUGCCUGAAUCUGCUAUGUGACCAGAUCAUGAGAGAUACUUACUCAGAUUCGUGCAUUCGGAUCUCCAAAGAAGAGAAGCGCAAGAUGAAAGAUCUGUUAACGGAGUUCCAGGUGGGCAUGGAUGCCAGCUCCAUUCCAGAUGAUGGCAUGAAGAAGAGGAUCGUGGUAGCUGCUCGUGAUAACUGGGCCAACUAUUUCUCUCGUCUUUUCCCGGUGAAGGGAGAAAACGGGAGCGACGUCCAAAUUCUGGGUGUUUCUCACCGGGGACUGCGACUGUUGAAGAGGACAAAAGCAGCCAACUGCAUCCCUGAGCAUCUGAAAAUCCUUUGCAGCUACAGUUAUGCAGAAGUGCUGUCCUUAGAGGUGUUUGGCCGGAACAUCAUUCAGUUCUCUCUGAAGAGUGAGCAGCUCAUCCUUCACUCUCCAAAGGCCCGGCAGAUCAAGGCCAUGGUGGAGCUCUUCCUCCACGAACUGAAACAGGACUCCAACUUUGUCAUUGCUCUGCGUAGCUACAUGACUGAUGACAAGAGCCUCUUAAACUUCAAGAAAGGUGAUUUCAUCCGGUUGCUGCCCAUGGAUGGACUGGAGUCAGGCUGGCAGUUCGGUUCCGUUGGUGGUCGCUCUGGCCUCUUCCCUUCCGGCUUGGUUCAGCAAGUGGCAGCUCCUGAUUACCUCAGCCUCCAUCUGAACAGACAGGAAGAGAAAAUCUAUAGCAAGAAGGUGAGGCAGUCUGAGGCAGCUGCAGAUGGAUUAUUGGAUAAUUCUCAAGGAAGGCUAUCUGACAGGGAAGCACAAAAUGCGGCCGCCAAGACGGUCCUGGUGCUUGUGGAUUUAACGCCGGCCACGGCGACGGCAGCCGACGUCGAAAGGUUACUGAUUCCCGAGUUCAGUCCUGCCUCGGCAGGACAACCCCGGGAAGUAGCACGCAGACAGCGGCUCACCUUUGCUCCUGAUAUCCACGAGUAUGAGGAGGAGGAGACUGAGUACGUCGAGAAAGGCGACUGGAAUACCAAUUACCAAACUCACUCCCCGCCACUGCCGCUUCCAGAGGGGAUGGAUGCCCUGCGCCCGGGCAAGCCGGUGUCACCACCCAUCUCGCUUCCUCCUCCUUCGGAGCGUUCUACAGCCAUGUCUCCCAAGACACGGGGACCCGAGCACCCUGUUCAGCCACCCCCCACUCCGAACUCUAUGGCCAGCCUGAAGUCAGACAUCUCUGGCACAACUAGCAGCACUUCCUCUUCUGACAUCUGCCACUACACCAUGGUAGAGUUUGCCAUGGUGCACUUCCGGGAAGCCCAGUCCAUUCCUGCUGCAACCAAUUCUUCUGCAAAGAAAAGCUGCCUCCUAGUAGAUGGAGAGGAGAGCACCCCAUGA